UGCGCAGCGCGCCCUUGCCGAUCAUAUCACAAGCUCAACGCAAGAGAGACGCCCAGCACGUCCGCCAGACUGCCACGAACCAUGGCACGGCACGCACGCGCCCCGCUCCUCCUCGCCCUCGUCGCCACGCUCGCGGUGGCCGCGGCGUCGGCGUCGGCCUACGCGCGCGCCGCCGAGGACGACACGGAGCUUCUCACCGGCGGCGACGACGACGUGCUCGGGCUUGGCGGCAUGCUCCGCGGCCGGCGGCGGCUCGACGACGCCAACGCCACGGGCCUCGACGGCGCCAACGCCACGAGCGUCGACGACGGCAACGCCACGAGCAUCGACGCCGCCGUCACGUUCACGUGGACGGGGUUCAUCGGCUACGCCGCGCUGUCCAGGGACAUCGUGCCGUGCUCGCUGCCAGGCGCGUCCUACUACAACUGCCGCCCCGGCGCGGAGGCCAACCCCUACAGCCGCGGCUGCUCCGCCAUCACGCGGUGCCGCGGCUGAGCCAGCUGCUGCGACGGCGAGCGAGACUACUGCUAGGCUGCUAGCUGUGUGUCCCGCUUCUGCCAUGGCUGCCCCGCCGCUAGCUGCUUGCACGCGCGCUUCUCCUGAUUCAGAAUGUUCAAAGAACUGAACAGAGGUUUUACCAUUUUGCUGUAAAUCGUUGCUAUCCUUGUGAUAAGAUUAAGAACGACGUUUGUAUUUUGUGUGAUGUGUAUGAGUAUGACAAUAUCCAAUAUAAGUUGAUUGAUUCUUAUAGUAUUCAAGA